AAGUUUUAACAAUUAUCGGAGAUAUUUUGAAAUAUCUGCUUAACGUUUUUCAAGUGAAAUAGUAGGAAUAUACGUAGCUUUACAUAGAGCUGUAAUAACUUUAAAAUAAAGUUUCAUUUAUACGAAAAACAUUUGGUGAUGAUCAAUAGACACAUUUGCAUCAAACUUCAAGAGUAAUAAUACUAAGCCUUCGCAAUUACCUAGCACUUAAUUAUUUGUUAAAAGAAACUUCAUUGAUAAAAUAAUUUUACAAUGUCAGAAUCAGAUAUUAAGUCGUUUCAGAAGGCUGCUGGCGAUUAUACCGAAGUGAAAAUGUUAGAUGGAAAUUUGGAACCAACGGUAGAUUAUGAUGACAAUAAUUUAUGUAAGAUUAAAUGUGCAACUAGCGAUGAUAAUAAGUCAAAAAAGAACGAUAAUGCUGACACGAAGGAAACUGGAGAGUUUAAUAAUAAAGAGUCCAUUCCAAGUGUACGGGAGGAAAUAUCGAAGCGACCGAAUGACUUUUAUAAGAAGCUCGAGGAGACUCAACGGAAACUCUCCAACCUUCUAUUAUCUCCUGACAAUUUAGCUAAUGGCUUAGCCAAUUGCUCUGAGUAUGGAAAUUUGCGUUUCGAGCUUGAAGAUUUGAAAAAUACCCUGUCGCAAACAAAAGUUAUGUUGGAGGAUCGCGACCGACGUAUUUCAAAUCAACAGAACCAAAUAUCCGCCUUCAUCAAGCAAGUGAAUUCUCUGAAAGAGGUCAUUGCCAUUACCAAGGAUAUGCUUAAUAUUCGCAAUAUGGAGGUGAAACAUCUCCAGGAGGACGUUGACAAGAUGGAGACAAAAAUUACGGCCGAACGCGAUAGGCACAAUGCUAUGAUUGGCAAGAUGGAUGCUGCGGUGCGUCUGAAUGCCGAUUUAAAAAAGGAAUAUCAAACGCAAUUACAGCUCUUUCAAGAUUUGAGGGGAAAAUAUGAAGAAAAGGUGACAAUACUCAGCGAGGAAAACAAAGCCCUGGAGAUGGCAAUUCAGGCGCAACCGGCCCAAUGACUAGUAUACCGACUAUUCAAAUCUGUUAAAAAGAAUCCAUGAUUAUAUUUUAUACUUAUGGCAGCUAUUUUUCUUUUGUACUCACUUAUUAGG